UUUAUUAUGUACAAAAUCCCAAAAGUCUCACAUCACUCUCCACGUUAAUCUUUAGUAUACAUCUCACCAAAGUCUUCCUCGUUUCAGAAAACUCCACUUUCAACUAAGCUAUUUUUAUGAAUCAACACCAUCACUAAACAACCCAAAUAGGAAGAAGAACAAAAAUGGAAGAUUCAACACUACUGCAAGUUCUUAUCAUCACACUUUCUUCUAUUGCCCUUGCCACCUUUCUCUUUUACAACAUCCUCCGUCGUCGUCGACCAACAAGUACACCACCAUCUCCACCGGCGCUCCCGUUAAUCGGUCACCUCCAUCUCCUCACCGACAUGCCCCACCUCACCUUUACCCGACUCUCUCAAAAACUCGGCCCGAUCAUCUACCUUCAACUCGGUCAAGUCCCCACUGUAAUCAUCUCCUCUCCUCAACUCGCCGAACUCAUCCUCAAAACCCACGACCAUAUCUUCGCCAGCCGCCCACAGCUCAUCGCUGCUCAAUACCUCUCCUUCGGUUGCUCUGACGUCACCUUUUCCCGUUACGGCCCGUAUUGGCGUCAAGCUAGAAAAAUCUGCGUCACCGAACUCCUCAGUUCAAAACGAGUUAACUCGUUUCACUACAUAAGAGAUGAAGAAAUAAACCGCAUGUUACGAGUUAUCUCGACUCACUCUGACUGUGAACUCGACAUGAGUUCGAUUUUCUUUACUGUUGCGAAUGAUAUUUUGUGCAGGGUAGCAUUCGGGAAGAGAUUUAUGGACGGAUUGAAAGAGAAGGAGAAGGAUUUGGUGAGUGUGUUGACGGAGACACAGGCACUGUUAGCUGGGUUUUGUGUUGGGGAUUUUUUCCCAAAUUGGGAAUGGAUUAACUCGGUGAGUGGGAUGAAGAGGAGAUUGAUGAGAAAUUUGAAGGAUUUAAGAAGGGUUUGUGAGGAGAUUAUAGAAGAGCAUGCGAAAAGGAGAAAUGAAUGUUGUGGUGAUUUGGGGAAGGAAGAUUUUGUUGAUGUAUUGCUGAGGGUUCAGAAAAGAGAUGAUCUUGAAGUCCCCAUCACUGACGACAACCUUAAAGCUCUUGUUCUGGAUAUGUUCGUUGCUGGAACAGAUACAACAUCAGCAACACUGGAAUGGACAAUGACAGAGUUGGCUAGGCAUCCAAGUGUUUUGGAAAGGGCACAAGAUGAAGUUAGGAAAAUUGCAGACAAUAGGGGAAAGGUGGAGGAGUCUGAUCUUCAACACCUAUAUUACAUGAAAGCAGUAAUAAAGGAGACUAUGCGACUGCAUCCACCGGUCCCUCUUCUAGUACCUCGAGAAUCAAUGGAGAAAUGCACUCUCGAUGACUACGAAAUACCUGCAAAAACUAGGAUCUUAAUCAACACCUAUGCCAUUGGAAGGGAUCCAGAGUCGUGGACGAAUCCUCUUGAGUACAAUCCUGAACGGUUUAUGGACAAGGAUAUCGAUUUCAGGGGACAAGAUUUCAGGUUUCUACCAUUUGGCGGAGGUAGAAGAGGUUGUCCAGGUUACGCCCUUGGACUAGCAACUAUAGAGCUCUCAUUGGCUCGCUUGUUGUAUCACUUUGAUUGGAAAUUGCCUCCUGGAAUAGCAGCUCAAGAUGUUGAUUUGUCAGAGAUUUUUGGACUGGCUACUAGGAAAAGAGUGGCUUUAAAGCUUGUUCCAACCAUCAACAGGCUCUACGCAUCUGGAUGAUCUGCAGUUCGCCACUCUCUGAUUGGAGUAUUAGUUUUCUUUUCUUUACUUUGGAAAUUUUAGAUAGUCUGGUAAUGAAUAAUUAGGCUCAAUUGCGCUUUGCCAUACCUGUACGGUUGUUCAAGGGUGACUGUAAUUUGUAAUACUUGUAUCAAGAGUUCCCGCACAUAAUUCUACUA